GGCUGCGUUUGACAGCUGCGAAAUGGAAAACGUAUAGCGCAUAGCAGACCUGGAAAAGCAUGCUGCUCCAAGGCAACCAUACUUUCUCCAGGAAUGGGUUGCAGCAUGGCCCUUUAUAGCCUGCGACUACCCUCGUAAAUCUGGGCCAAUUGGACAACACGAAGGAUUUGAUAAGGGGGAUAAUUGCUCUUUUUUUCUGCACUGAAUCCUUGUAUUUGUAGUCUUUGUAAGGACAUGCACCGUGCGUUCUCGUUCCCGGUGACGGUGGAGCGCAGUCGGACCAAGGAGCGCCUGGAGGCGAGUCUGGCCGGGCUGUGUGAGCUGGAGCUCCGCAAGCAGAGGCAGGAAUGCCUGGUGCUGGGGGCGCUGGCUCUUGGAGACCCUCUGCCCCAGGACAGCUCCAGAGGAGAGCUGGCGUGUUUCAGCAGCUGGGGGCAGGAAAACUUGACACUUAGGCGUCAGCUGGUAAGAACUUUGAGUGUCUUUUACUGCAUGUUUGGAUUCCAGCAGCUCUUCCAUGUUGACUCACACCACACCACCACACCCUGUGUUUGAGAUCCCCUUUUGCCCCAUAUGCCACAGUCGUGCAGAGUUUUUGAUAUCUGCUGGUCUCCUCAGUGUGAUACUUCUGACCGCUGGAUGGACUCUUGCUCUGGGCUGCGCCUUUUGUGUGGAGAUGACCCCUAUUUGCGAGAAAAAGUUACUCAACUUGAUUAAUAGUGUCUCUGUUUGAAAAGGAUGUAAUGCGUUUCUGCGCUUUGGGCUGAGAUUUAUGCAUUGGGGUAACGAAAUCAGGGGGUGGAGCACCCGCCGUUUGUGGCACAGACCGACUAUUUAAUGGCCCAUUGUUCCCUCAUCAUGGACUUUUGUAGGUUUUACAACUUAACAAGCUCUUAUUUGUGUUUCCUGCAGAUUAUAAAGGGAUGAGUUAUUCUCUCAGCUUCGUUUUGCCCUUUCGGCUAACAUUUUUAUGUUUGAAUUACUCUCUUUAUAAUUUAUAGGACUGCUUCUCUUGUGUAGAGCUCAAGCUAAGUUGCGAUGCGUAUGUUCAGCUGUGACGCACUGACGCCAGGAUUAACAUGAUUAUUAAAAACUGGGUUACGACAGUCGAGUAAAAGUUGUUAAGAGGCGAGACAACAACGGCAUCUUCAUCCUCAAGUUUUACGCACCAGUGAGCACCCCUUCUGCUCUACAUUUCAUUUUUGUUUCUCUUUAUUUUUAUGUCUUUCUUCUGCGAGGGUUAAAUUUGCGUGUCUUUAAGUUUGGUUACAGUUUGGCUGCUGUGCUUGGGCAGCUUGAAGGCUGUCCAAACAUUGCUACAAUAGGAAGCCAUUAUUAUAGAGGGUGAAAAAGAAAUUAAAUCAGCCGCCUCCUCUUCACACCUCCUUUUCUCCUCCCUCCCUCUCUCCCUCCCUCUUCUCAGCCGGGGGCCUAACAAUAGGCGCAUAUGGAGAGGAAUACUAAUGCACACCGACCGAGGCCCCAGUGAGGCGGCCUUGUGCACUUGCGCCAGUUUGGCAGGGCAUGAUUUGGGCACAGUGCUUUAUGAAGUUUGAGCUGGGGGAAUCCUUUUGUAUGUGAUUUGGAACAAAAGUAACGCUAAUGACAAAACUAAUUUCUAAAGGAGUCCGUGGGGUCAAGUGUCCCCUUUGUGCGCACGCAGCAGUUCAGUGCGUUUACAUCCCCGUGGAGCUCGCCUGCGCGCGUCAGUGUCGCCUCGUCCACGCACUGACAGGAAACAGCCAUUUUCAAAGCCAGGGGAAGGAGUGACACGCGUUUCCCCUCAGGGCUGCAUAUUUACCACGUUUUCAUUCUGUGCGCAACGCGUCUCUGGAUCGAUGUUUAUUAACUGUUAUGCUUAUCCAAGCGUGUGAGUAAUUACACGGAGAAAUUCCUCGGAGAAUGCUCUCUGUCCAACAGGACUCUAAUUGAAGUCUCAAAUUGAGUCUUCGAUUUGAUUUCUGGUCGCCAUCUGCGUCCGAGCCAAAUCCCUGAUCUCAUCUAGGCAUGUAGGUUAAAGUCGCCAAAAUGUGUGGUUCACGGAUGUGACACAGAAACAUCUGACACAUGGGACUGAUGGUGUGCGUGUCGCUUUUUCUUUAACAUGAAUGUGGCCCCAGACAGGCUGAGAGACCUUUUUUUCCCCCUUCCUGAUAACAUACAGUGUGUAUGUGUUUCGCUAUAGAAGGUGUUGACAGCUGUGGGACGCCAGACAGCAGCUGGGAAAGCAUGCAGCUCUGACCUCUCUCAGCUACCUACUGUGUGUGUUUAGAUAGAGUGGAAGAGCAUGUAUGAAUUGUGUAUGAGUGUGUGACACGCAUUUAUCGAUUUGGGUAAGUGUUGGAGAUUUUCAAACAAAAGUGACCUCAAGUUUUUAUUCAUUUCCUUUUAAAUGAAUUGAGCUUCAGCAUUCAGAUGCAUCAGUCAAUCUUCAUUAAUCCCAGGAGAGCAGUUAGUUUGGCACAGCUGGUGCUGCAUCAGUGGUACACCACAAACCAAGACACUAUAUAUACAUAAAUAUAUAGAUACAGAUCUAUAGAUAGAUAUAUAGAUACAUAUUCCUAUGUACACGUGUAUGAGAACCAUCCUUACGCUGAAUUUUGCCCAUGGCUCCAUAAAGGUAUUGCUCUUUCUUAAACCAUUACUAAACUGCUGCCUUGUCAUCAAUCAGGUCAUGUGUGUCCUUGUAUGAAGACAGCAGCACAUCAUUAGUGAGACUCUGAAGUGAAGCCGUUGGUCUCCUCUGCAGUGACUGAUCACCAGAGUGGAUCACCGGAUGGUUUCCUCUGCUUUGUUGUACCACACAAAAACCAACACUGUGGGAUUUUGCUUAUUUACAAUCACAGUCAUUGAGAAAACAAUGAUUCUGAGCAUGUAAAAAAACAUGCAAAUACACUGACAUGCCAGGUCGUCCAAUGCACAUUUGCAAAUAUGAGAGCACAAAUGUACAAUGAGAUGGCGUCUGGGUUGAUUCCACAGUCGGUCACAUGAGCACAGCCUGGUGCAUGUCCCUCUUAGGAGGCUCUAUUCACAGCCAACCCACCAUGGUGCCCUGCCUUCAAGCUUCUGUGCACGUAGCACACAGUCUGGGCAUGCUAAUGACUGCCAUUCAUUAUGCUUAUGUAAACACUGUGUGCACCUAUGUGUGUGUUUGUGUAAAUCUGACUUCUGUCAAAUUGGAAAUGGUAAUUAAAAUUUAAUUUACUCCUUGGAAAGAAAUCAUUGAAAAUGUGUGUGUGUUUAAAUGGAAAAAGACGGGAUCAGUGGUUUUGUCAGGUGUGUGUGUGUGUGUGUGUGUGUGUGUGUGUGUGUGUGUGUGUGUGUGUGUGUGUGUGUCUGGCCUCCCACCAGCCUCUCCAUGUGAAGCCAGUCACAACAUCGCUUUAAUUACAGAGGGCCAGCAGUGCGGCUGCAUGCCUUGCGUGCCCUGUUCCAUAGAUUUUCAUUUCUUGGUGUUUAUUGUUUAAAAAUGUGAGUGAUUGGAGGUUGUUGUGCAGAUUUGAACAUCUUAAGUCCAUAUCAAGAUCUUUUCUUCAAGUACAGACCAUUCGAUAUGCCUCAAAACCACCUUUUCACUCAGGCUCCCUACACUUGGUUUUGAUUUAUUUCUAUCAAACCGACCACUGGUUCACUGAGAGUCACCGAGAACGAUCUCACAUUCGAAAUCAGUCAGUAAUCAGUCAAAUUGCCAGCCUGGCUUCACCUGCUGUUGGGUCCUUUUCAUUGCCAGAGCAGGUGUUCCUGGUCUGUCGUUUACCCAGUGCGUAACAGCUUAAUGGCUAGGUGAGCCUGGCUGUGCCGUGUCCUCUCCGUCUCCCCCAUCCCCCACUAGCUUGGGGCAGAGGAUGCAGUAAAACAGUAAUGAUACAGUGUCAGGGAAUCAGUGUGGGACCAUUAAUAAUAGAGUGCAAUCAAAGAUCAGUCUGCGAAAAGGUCCCCGUUACGCUGUGAAACCACCCUAAAGCCCCGCUGCUAAAUGUUGCAUUGUAUUUGGUUUGUUUGUAGGACCACAAAGGUGUGUUUGUUUUCUGCAGCAUUAUAAUUUAAUGGUCCACACUUUGGCUUACAGCGUGUAUAUGUGUGUGCAUUUGUCAGCACAAAGAGGCUGCAGGCAAUCAAUUGUGUGCAUCUGUAUCAUUGAUUAAUUGAUUUCCUAUAGCCUCCCCUCCUCCCUGCUAUUUCUUUACCCUGCAAGAAGCUAAAUAAAAGCUACCCACUCCAGGUUUCUGCCUCACAAAACCAUAUUGAUGAAGUGAUUCUAAUGCUUUGUUUAUACUAAGACAAAAAGUCCCCUUGUCAGGACAGAAGAAAUGACCGUGUUUAGGGUGAAGAGGUUGUGUGGGGAGACGUAGGUUAGCUUGGGUCGAUUACCCCUCAACAGCGUACACGUUAUGGCAGCCUGAAGUCUGCAGGACAAAGGAGAGAAACAAAUCAAUGGUGCUCUAACCAAAAGACACUCUGAGAGUCAAGCUGAACAGUUUCCUGAUUUUCUGGAAUUUUUCUUUUGAUAGGUUCCAGGUUUUGAGUGAAAAAGCACGCGCCGAGACACAAACAUGUUCUGUUCUUUCAGGUUUAGGCUGGGAAAUGUUCAUGGUCCUGGAAAAUUGACAAUGUGACCUUUAAAGAAUGAGUGUGCAGCCAUGCUAGCAGGUCUGUGGGGGUGUAAUUAGGGAAUCUGGCACAACUUCACUUUCCAGAUGUAUGCAGAAGGGAAACACAUAGGUCUACCAGUUUAUUUAAGGCGGUGUUUCAUUUCCAAAGACAGUCCUGAGGAACGGCGGGGGGACUGUACCGCUAGUCUGACAGGUGCUCCAUCAACGCAGGCUUGGAAUAUGAAGUGUCCUCGAGUUAUAAGAAUAUGCUCAAUCUUCUGGUAAUGAGGUCUCUAAAUGAGCGCUGAAUGUCAACAGUAACACACCUCGAACAAAAUGAAGUGUCCUUGUGUGUGCAAAUAAGUGUUUGUUGGAGUCCAAAGCGCUCCUGCUUGUGUGUAAUCGUCUGCAGAUGACUAAACAUGUCUGAUGAUGUCAGCAGGAGACUGGAACAAUCGCUGAAUGAGCAUGUCCAAUUUCAGCGUUGUGUGCAUGUGUCACUAUCAGACUCAGUUUUGACUCUUAAGAAGGGUGCAAAGCCUUUCUCGUUCAUAGUUAUGUAUUUCCAAGGUGAAGUUUUGCAGAUUUUUUAGACUUGCAUUGUCUGCAUUGAGUCCUCAUUUUAAGGGUGUUGAGAAAGUGCGUGUGUGAUGCAUCCUCCACCCACAUGAGACACCGGCCCCCUACCCUUGACAGACUCUUGAAUUAUUCAUGUUCCAACUGACGUCUUACACAAGAGAGCACAGUGACAGAUAUGGAAGCUGUACAAAGAUGCAUUUCAGUGAUGCACAACUCUGACCUUGCAUGCCUCUUUUAUAUUUUUUAUAACUGGAAGAGCUUCUGCUUCUGAAUUUUUGCCUUAAACAGCUUUGACAUCAUGUGUUACCGGUCAUUUUCAAUCUGCGGAAGCUCAGACAAAGGGUUUAAAACACUCUCUACCAUGUUAUUGACUGCAGAUAUCUACAUCUUUAGAAUCUCAGCGAUUGUGCCUAAAUCUACUGUAUAAUCCACUGUGAUUGGCCUUUGUCGAACAUAAAUAGCCCCAGAGUAUAAUAGCCAACUUUUCAAGGCCUGGAGUGUCGUCUGUGGUUAGUAAUAAAGCUCUUCCAACCAAGACUUCCUCCUCCUUGUGUGUCUUUCAUUACAGUCUGACCAAAAGCCUGGCAAGCAAUGAUGGAGUCUGUGUUGUAAGAUGGUUUAUAAAACAUAUUUUCCUGCUGCAGUUGUAUUCAGAUAUCUGCGUGCAUGCCUUGGUGCAGUGUGUAGAGACUAAAAGCUAAAACAUUAAUUAACUGCCACAGGGUCCCGGGAUUGCUUUACAACAGCUUGCUUUUCACCUCUUUCACACUCUGUAUGGAUCAUUUCCCUGCAUGCAGCCAAUGAGCAUAAACACAAGCGAAGAUUUAAAUGCCUUUACAUUUUCAUUCAAAAUCUUUCGAACCUACUUAACUGUGCAAUAUUAUCUGUGAUGUGCAACAUCUUGUUCAAUAUGGCAAUUUAUACCUCAUUUAUCCCACUGAUUUAUCCCCUAUUGCACAAGUUCAAACUCUGACAGCAGCUACUGCAUUGCUUUUGCACUUUGUAAAUAUUUCUUUUACACUUUUUAUACUUUUGCAUCUUUAUUCUACUGUAUUCUUCUAAGUAUUUAUUGCUUCUUUGGGUUGAGCGAUCCACCUCAUCCAGGGCAUUUCAUUGCAUUGUUGACUUAGUUUAACCUGCAUAUGACAAAUAAACCAAUCUUAAAUCUUGAAUCUAAAGAUUAAAUCCAAAGUCAAACAGUCAGGAGAAAGAUGAUCUAUCUUAACAGUUGAGGCUAUCCGAGAGUCCAAAAAAGGAGCUGUAACAGAAAAACAGGCAGUGCAGAACAUACAGCUGUACUUCUGUCAUUAGCAUUUCUCCAAACCAGUAUUUUGAUUUAUGAGGGCUCUUGAACUUUCUGCUUUGUUGUCAAACCACUGAUUGCUGCCUCUUACCAUCUACUUACAAACCCUCUCCAACUGUGCAAUUAAACUCAGACGGCCACUGCAGGGCAGCUAAAUGUUUGUGUUUGUGUGUCCAGAGUGCCCUUCAGAGUUCCCCAUGGGGCCUGAUGCAAGCGCUGGAACAGCAGGUGGGAGAGCUGAGGAUCGACGCUGAAGAUGGCAGCUGUGAUGGAGCUCAAGGAGACACUGGCGACAGUCGGCCUAGUUCUGGUACUCUCCUGUUUGAACCUUUUCUUUGAUCACUUUUUUAUGUAGUCCCUUAAUUGCAAGUAUAAUUUGCAGGACUGGAUGAUGCAUUUUUCAAGAGUAAAAUGAACUUCUAAGCAUUCUCUUUCUAUUGCAAAUAUACUCGUGAUGACUCCGUUGCUCAUUUGUGCUUUUUCAUGCCCCAGUUGCUCACAGUUUUUUUUGUUUUGCUGCCUGUUUGUUAAAUGCAAUGAGACACUGCCUGCAUAGCAUAUUUUGGGAGAUGUGGGAUGAUCAGUGGUCCAUAAGUAAAUGAGACAGUCAUCUUCCAUCUCUCUCUGUGACUGUGUUUCCAAGGUUUCUAUGAGUCGAGUGGGGGUCAGUCGCCCAAAGGAAGAGCUUGUUCCACUGAACCCACUGAGACAGUCUCCCCCUGGGGAUUUACCAAUGACAGGCCGAAGUCUGUGGGUAAGAAAAUGAAGAAGAAGCAGACCUAGAAAGUCUGAGAACGCUUGCAAGCACGCAUCUUUUAGAAAUAGCAAUAAACACAUUAAACAGUCACAGUAAAAAAAAAUACAAUUAUAAAACAUUAUUGCAUUGUUAUUUUUGCUGUUUAAAUCACAGCUCGGAGUCAACUGCUCUUUUUUUCUUCUCCAAACUGAUACAAAGAGGCAAAAUCAGCAUUUCCUUUUGUAUCUUAUAACAAACAACAAAACCCAUUGACAUGAAAAGACAAAAAUGGAGCAUAAGAAAUCAUACUAUUUGUAGGAUUAUUUUAUGAAAUAAGGAAAAGGUUAUACUCCCAAUCACUUCAUAAAACACCCCAAAAUCAGAAAAUGCAGUCCAGUGGAUAAUAUUUAUAGUCUCAUAGGCGAAAUGAAGUUUAUUAACAGUAAAUUCUGAUAAUAGUUCUAGCUAAUCUAUUUCUGAUUGGCCCUUUUUAAUAUUGAUGGAGGAGAGUGAUUUAGGCCCUGCAUAAGUACCGACCCACUCAGUCUUUAUGGUUAUGUGAAGGUUUUAGAGAUCAAAUCUUUAUCCUCCCAUCUGGCUUAUGUUUGAAAUUGAGGAUUUUAACCAGAAUGAUUAAACGGCUUCUUUCUGAGUAAGGCGUCACUGGCUAAGAGAGCUUUGGGGAAGGAGACGGACAACUAGUAAUGUUUCCUGAAAACUUUUUACAUCCUAGCUAGCUCAUACAGCAUUUGUCAAUUACCACACUUCUGUUCACAGAAGACAAGCAAUUAUCCUACCUGCUGUCUAAUGAAAGAUAAAAAAAAACUGUAUUGAUUGUGUUCCCUCCACAUUAUCGCAUCUAAACAUGUUAAGGCCUUCACUUUUAUUUUCUCUAAAUUUAACAGUAAGCCAAACAUAGUCUGACAAAUGCAGAAGAGUCAGGGAUGAUCUUAGUUAUGUCUUUUAAUAAGAUGCCAUUGUAGUUGUAUUCACAAAACAAAUUUGAAACUGUAAAAUAAAACAUCAAAACAAUUCACUCUAUGUGUUGACAUGUUAAAAAAGUUUAUUGAUUGCCUUAGUUCUACCAAAACAGAGCACUGAAAAACACGAGUCCAACUUCGAUCGCUGUAAUCAAACAUGUUGUUGGAGAUCAAUUUUCUUCGUCAUGUAAACUGUUCAAUCAAAAUAAAACCGGCCUAGAUGUUCUGCACACACUCCGGCAUUUUCUCACUGGGCUUUGAGCCAGAAGUUGAAUAGCUUGGGUGUGUUGCUAGGACACUGGGUAGUGAACAAACCCCAUCGUAUGAAGAAAGGACAUAAAAAAGAAAAAGAAACUUUUCUAUCAUACAAACAAAUGGUACAGGACUGUGACACUGGCAUUGUUUUUACUGCUCGACGUACAUCCCGUUAGCCUAUUACUCCCGCAUUUUGCUUACACGUGUUUGCCAAUAAGACCUGGAAGCAAUGAGCUGAAAGGGGGGAUUUCGCUAGCUAGGGAGGCAGAUAUACUUCUGUCAAUAAUCUUGCCGAGUGCUCAUAAACCUGGAAAGGCAGUUCAGUAAAAUCGCCUGAUCAAGCAUUAAUUAUAGCUUGACUUAACUGUACAUGACUAAACACACUGACUAUGAAUUUGACAAGAUAGCUUCAGCUUACUGCAUAACAUCACAUUAAUUUUAAUCAAAAUGUCCAUAUUUCUCCAUAUUUGUGUCACGACAAACCCACCACUAGGGGGUGCUAAAACAUAACUAAAAAGACUGAAUCACCUGAGGCAGGACAUUCAACAUAAAACAUUGCUACAACAGAUUAAUGUCAGUUUUUGUUAACAGCUGUGUUCAAAUGGCAUUUCAGAGAAUCCUGCAUGAUAAUUUCAUACUGUGGGACGGUGUGUUGCACCUUUUAGCAAACUUUCUGUUAUCAUAAAGGUAACCAGUCCUGUUGGAUGGGCCGUUUCCAUGUAUAAAAUAUGUUUUAUUCAUUUACUAGUGUUGUCUCAGAAUUAAAAAUUAAAAAUUCUGGUAUAGUGUCAGCCCUGAAACAGACGUACUGUACUUAAAGCUCCUGUAAAGAACUAAAGGUUUUUGUCAACUGUGGGGCAUUCUGCGUACAAAGCAGUCUUUUCUUAUCUUGUCCUCAAAACUGCUGAGUCAAAUAUGUAUUUAAAUAUGUAGUUCAUAGUGAAAAUCUUAAGUGAAAAUUGUAACAACAGGGAUGUUUCUACAGCUGCUUGGCUCACACUUACCUCCAUGCAUCAGUUUCAGGCAUGAAAAUUUCAUUAUAAAAUCAAUAAUGAUAUAGUUGAUGCUCUUGAUUGCGUUGGGGUUUCAUAAAGAGCCGCCGGUAUAAAGUUUAAAACUUUUUGUUUGAUUCUGAAACAACUCUUUAUAGGAGCUUUUAGAGGUCAGGAUGAUUUAAACAAAGAUUUUCAUUUGAUGUAUAUGGCAAACUUUAAUUCUAUAUUUCUUGUAAAACAUUUCUCUCGGCGCAGAUUAAAAAAAGAUGAAUGAGUCAUUAACAAAUGAUACUGCUGCCUUGACGAUCACUGACUUCGAACACUUCCUUCUGAGAUAUUGGAUGAGUCUUGAGGUUUAUUUUUCUGCAUACCAUAUCACCUGGACCUACAACAGUUCUGUUUCUUGUUUCAGGAGAUCCCCUCAUGCUGAAUGAAGAUCUCGAUGCGCCAGUCAUGCGCACCACCCUCCCUCGCUCUUUUUCUGCCCCCUACCCGCCUCUUGAGGGUAUUGCUGAGGAGGGCGCAGCUGUGGAGUCAUGGCAGUGGGACCCCAGUGGAGUCAACCGAGCCUGGCAGCAGCACCAGCAGCAUGAACAGCAUGAGCAGUCUGCAGAGGAUCAGGUAACAGAGGAGGACUACCAGCAGGCCUUGAGGGUAGAGAGUUAUAUCCUGGGUCUUAUCCAGAGACGUACCCUUGCACCACGCCCUUGUCAGCCUCGCACCACCCUAAGUCCAGACCCCCCUUACUGCGGCACCCCUGGACACAGUUCCCUACACAGAAGAACCCCUUCUCUGUCCACAGAGCAACGCCUCCCCGACCCCCACAUCCAAUCCCAUGUUGACCUUUCAGCAAACCCAAGAAACCAGGGUUGGGGUUGUGACCUGCUGGAGGGUGAGGCCUGCGAAGGGGAGGCCCCAUCUUUGGAGGAAGACUCCUAUCUGGCUCUGCCCUACCCCCAGCCAAGGCCACACUCUCUGGUUGAGAGGCUACCAUCACCUCUGCCCUCCCUGGACCCCAACUGUGGUGUUGGGGUGCUUGACCUUUGUUGUGAACCUCCUUCCCCCCAGCAUUAUCUACAGCCACAACCUCCCAUUCAUCACAAACACACUUUAGUUAGUGCACAUUACAUCCCUGGACAUCAGUGCCAUGCCUCUGUGCGCUCGCCCAGACACCACAACCAAGAACAGCUGAGGCCCAACCGAGCUAUCACCUCUCCUGACCAUCCUAACUCCAAGUCCAGAUCCUCUAAGAAGAGCAACAACGAGCGACAGAGGGCCAAAAAGUCUAGCAGUAAAACUAGUCGAUCCCAGUCUGAAAAUAGCCUCCUGGGUCAACGUGUGCUACCAGAGCGUAGGUACAGCACCACUGAGAGACACCAAGUCAAAGGGGAUUGUGCUCACGGUCAAGGCCAUGUCAUUGGACAGCAGGCAGGAAACAACGGCCACAAUGGGAAUCGACGUUGGUGCUCCAACCUGGAGCUCAGCCAGGACGAAGGGGAGACCCAGGCGACCCAUAGACGACCUCCCCGGAAAGCCCGCCAUGGUCAUCCUUGCCCCCAUUCCCAACCUCAGAACUACCAUCACCACCAGCAGCACACCCAGCGCUGGCACCCAGACUGUCAUGAGAGAGCACCCAUUUGUCAAGGAGAGGAGGGCUACAGCGGUGCUGCCCCUGCAGAGUCUGAGUCCAGCAUGAGUGAAGUGUAUUCCCCGGCCUCCAGCUCGCUGUCCAGUGACUCAGAUGAGAGUGGGGGGCUAGUGUGGCCCCAGCAGCUACCACCCCGCCUUGCCUCUACCUCCUCCUCAUCUUCGCCUUCACCACAAGCCACUGCCAACACCCCAGCCCAACCAAAAGCCUUUGUCAAGAUCAAAGCCUCCCAUGCUCUGAAAAAGAAGAUCCUCAGAUUCCGCUCAGGGUCCCUGAAAGUAAUGACUACUGUGUGAGGAAAUGUUCAAACCUGUUUUACACUCCAAACUUUUACUGCUGUGUUGUAGAGCCAUCGUCAGAGCAAAAUUGUGACAAACAAAACCAGUCUUUACACUCUUCUACCUCUUAAACAGUAUGUUCUUAGGAUGAGACAUAAACUUUAAUGGGCAUUAUCAAAGAUCUGCUUGGUAUCAGCUGUCUGGUUGAAUUAUCUCCUUGCUGACAACCAUCAGACACCAGACUAAUGAGCAUCACCCUGUGCUAAUUGAUUCUGAGUGUAAUCGUGAAGUUACACUGUGAUGACUCGGACCACAGUGAGGCUAAUUGACUGAACUUGCUGCCAGUUUUUCUUUAUGUCUCUUGGCCCUAUAGUUAAUUAAUCACAGAUUUACACAUAAUUAAUUCUUACAGUAGUCAGCCAUAUGCAAGUCGAGAUAAAUAAGGUCUGAAGUCUUGAAAAACAGCCAAGCUCCUGGCAUGACAUAAAAGUGACUUUAUUUCUGGUUUCUCCCAGAAAUAUCUGGGAUUUAUGUCUAGUCCUUUUUAGUCAAAAAUUAAACAAUUAAAGAGGAAAGUUUGCUGGACAGAACUGUGUAAUUCAGUACUGAUUAAAUGGGAAAAAGCCAUUCCUAUGAUAAAGCAAUCAUUUGAAUUAAAGCGCAUGUUUGCGAAAUAUUGGUUAAUUAUUGGAACUUAAUGAUAGAAAAAUGAUCAUUUCCAAGGUGGAUUUUAAAACCUAAUACGUUAAAGAUCCUGUGAGGAACACAGAGACAAUAUGCACAUUGCCAAUGUUGCCCCUGUUGGUUUUGUUUGCUUGAACACAAGCCCAUUUAUAAAGUACUACUUGAACUUAAGCAUGUCAUAAUCCUGGAUAGCAAUGAUUUUUUCCCUGCAUCCAAGCUGAGCAUCAUACAGAAAAUUUCAAUAACUAACAUGACAUGAACACCCAGGCCAUCUAAUGCAACCUAUUCCAACAGUCCUACCACAAAUUUUACUUUUAAAGCGCCUUAAUUAUCUUUGACAUGGUGAUAAUCAUAUUUGCUAAAUGAUGUUCAUUAUGUCUUCAGUUUCUUAGAAAUAGUUCUCUUUUUUCCUUUAUCUCAGACAUGUAAUCUUUUUCACCUUGACAUGUUUCGGUUGAAACUUCCGCCUUCCUCAGAAGUGGAAAAGAUUACAUGUCUGUAUGUUUUUUUUAUAAUUAGUCGGUAAAGUUAUAGUGGAUGUUUGAGGUUUCUUGAAGUACAUUAUUUUGAAAGGGGUUUCUAAUAUUUUGCUCCCCUCAUCUUUUCAGGAAGUGGACAAAAUACAAGGAACUCUUUACAUAUAACACACUCCAAGUACACCACCAACGAUACAAUGUAAUCAGCUGUCCGAUCAUGUCAAUAAAACCCCCAAACGUAGGAGGCUUCAUAAAAGUGAAAUUUGUGGUAGAGUUGUUGUAUUAAAUUGCCUUAGGUUUUCACGGUGAUAUGGAUGGUCGAUGCGCAUUUUCGUUUUCCCACAGUCUGACAAUUUGUGACAUGACUUUAAAUCUCUGGGCGGAGAGCAUCCUUAUAUGCUUUUUUUCUAUGAUUGAAUUCACCUCUGUGGAUUCACACUGACGUAAACUGUCCCUCACCCCCAUUAAGCAUAAAGAGAUUUCUGUGAGUCAGGGAUGGGAUGGGUAGAAGCCUCAGUAAAUGGACCAAUUAACAUGCAUGCCUCGUCUAAGUGCACAGGUUGAUAGAACAAAGAGACACGGGUUUUGACUCUUUUUGUUAAUAUGUAUGUUUUUGUAUAUACCCUGAUGUGGCCUUGUUUGGAAUGAAUGUAGUUUGUAAAUAAAGACAAUUUUGCCCUCAA